UUUGUACUUCGUUUAUUGAGAGGCUGAGCUGUUACCUGUCUCAAUUUCGUAGGUACCUUAUCCGCCAUGGAAGCCCUGCGAAAGAUUGCCCCACUGCGAGCCUCGUCCCCCACAGCAACCAAUGACCCCCGCUUGAACCAAACAACACAACGAACAAUAAAAGUUCAACAACGACGAGCAGAAAAGAAAAAACGGAAGAAGCCAGGGAAAAGGGAAGAUAGGAAGAAAAAGAACGAGCAUAAGAACCCCACCACCACCGCCACCGCCUCGACCUAGCUACUCGCGCUCAAUAACCAGCAAAGGAUCGAUAUUGACUCGUCCUUAAAACUUCCAAGAUGUCUGCGGACAUGGGCACCAUUGCCCAGCUGCUCGAUGCUACGCUCGACCCAUCCCAGCACAAGAAAGCCGAGAGCGCGUUGAAGCUUGAACAGGUCAAGACCCAGUACUCCAUCCAGCUGCUAAAUAUCGUCGCUUCCGAGGCUCUCCCUACAAAAACGCGGCUCGCCGCCUCCCUCGCCUUCAAGAAUUUCAUCCGGAACAACUAUGUCGACGAGGAGGGCAACUACAAGAUCCCCUCCGAAGAGGUGGCCACCAUCAAACAGCAGCUGAUCGGGCUCAUGAUCGCAUGCCCUGCCUCGAUCCAGACCCAGCUUGGCGAGUCCAUCAGCAUCAUUGCCGAUUCGGACUUUUGGGAGCGCUGGACCACUCUGACGCGCGAACUGGUCGACCGCUUCUCCACCACCGACCCCAAAGUCAACAUUGGCGUCCUCGAGGUUGCCCAUUCCAUCUUUGUCCGCUGGCGCCCGCUGUUCCGCACCGAUGAACUGUAUACCGAGAUCAACCACGUCAUCAGCACUUUUGGCGAGCCCUUCAUCCAGCUCCUGAUCACCGCCGACAAGCAGAUCGACGCCAACGCCCAGAACAAGGAUGUGCUCGCGAGGUGGCUCGAGGCCCUGAGCCUGAUGAUGAAGAUCUUCUACGACCUCUCUUCCCACGACAUGCCCCCCAUCUUCGAGACCCACCUCAGCUCCCUGUCCGAGCUGCUGCACAAGUAUCUCGCCUACUCCAACCCGGUCCUCGACACCGACGACGACACCGAGGUCAGCGUCGUCGACACGGUGAAGGCGGACAUCUGCGAGGUCCUCGAGCUCUAUGUCAUGAAGUACGACGACGACUUUGCCCCCUACACGCAGCCUUUUAUUACCAGCGCCUGGAACCUCCUUUCGUCCGUGGGCUUGGAGACCAAGUAUGACCUGAUCGUCAGCAAAGCGUUGGGCUUCCUCACCGCCAUCGCCAGCACGACCAAGCACUCGCAGGUGUUCGGGAACGAGGAGGUUCUCGGCCAAGUCGUUGAAAAGGUCAUCCUGCCCAACGUGCAGCUGCGUGAAUCCGACAUCGAGAUGUUCGAGGACGAGCCUAUCGAGUUCAUCCGACGCGAUCUGGAAGGCUCGGAUACCGACUCGAGGCGGAGGUCCGCCACCGACUUUUUGCGCAAGCUGCAGGAGAGGUUCGAGCAACUGGUCACCGGCGUGGUGGGCAAGUACAUCAACCACUACCUGGAGCAGGGCAAGACGGACUGGAAAGCCAAAGAUACCGCCGUGUACCUCUUCAUCUCCAUCGCCUCCAAGGGCGCCGUCACGGCCGCACAGGGUGUCAAGACGGUCAACCCGCUCGUCAACGUGGUCGACUUCUUCGAGCAGCACAUCGCUGCCGACCUGACCAACGCCGCCGGCGUGGAGCCCAUCUCCAAGGUCGACGCCAUCAAGUACCUUUACACCUUCCGCAGCCAGCUGAGCAUCGAGCAGUGGAAGGUCGCCUUCACCCCGCUCAUCCAGAACCUGGCCUCGGACAACUACGUCGUCUACUCGUACGCGGCCAUCGCCGUGGAGCGGGUCCUCUUCCUGACGGCCGACAACGGCAAGCCCAUGUUCCCGCGGGAGGACAUCCAGCCGUUUGCCAAGGACCUUCUGGACCACCUGUUCAAGCUCAUCGAGAAGGAAAGCUCGGCGCCCAAGCUGCAGGAGAACGAGUUCCUCAUGCGAUGCGUCAUGCGGAUUCUCAUCGUCAUCAAGGACGGCGCGGCUCCCCUGGUGGAGCGCGUGCUGAAGCACUUGAUCCUCAUCACCAGCAUUAUCCGGCAGAAUCCCAGCAACCCCAGGUUCUACUACUACCACUUCGAGGCCUUGGGGGCGUUGGUCAGGUACUGCGCCGCGACAAACCCGGGGCUGUUCAACCAGCAGUUGUGGGAGCCCUUCCAUCAGAUCUUGGUGGAAGACGUGACGGAGUUCCAGCAAUACAUGUUCCAGAUCCUGGCACAGCUACUCGAGGUCUGCCCGGCAGAUGCCGUUUCCGACAACUACAAGGCCUUCCUGGCGCCGCUGUUGGCACCGGCACUGUGGGAGGUCAAAGGCAACGUGCCGGCCUGCACGAGGUUGCUGGCGGCCAUCAUCCCGGCGACCAAGGCCUACAUCGUCUCGGAGAAGUUGUUGGAGCAGGUGCUUGGCAUUUUCCAGCGGCUGUUGGCUACCAAGAAGUUCCAACUGUACGCGUUUGACGUGCUGGAGGCGGCGGUCAAGUCAUUCGAACCGGCGGUGCUGGACCCGUAUUUCGGCCAGGUUCUACAGCUCAUCUUCUCCAAACUUGAAGGCCAACCUCCCGAGUCAUUGAAGCUGCGAUUCGUGCGGUUCUACCACUUGAUCGCCUCCAAGGUCGAGGCAGGCUACGGAGCGGACUACGUCGUCAAGCACAGCAAUCAGCUGGCGCCAGGGGUCUUCGCCACGGUGUACCCAACCUUCAUCCUGGCGGACACGGACAAGUUGGCCAACCCGGUGGACCGCAAGCUCGCCGUGGUCAGCUUGACCAAAACCAUCUGCGAAUCGCAGGCCUUCGGCGAGCAGUUCAAGAAGGGCUGGGCGCGGACGGUGGGCCUCCUCUUGGGCCUGCUGGUCAACCCCCCCACGGUGACGACGGGCGUGGGCGACGAGAUGAUCGCGGAGGCGGACGUAGACGACAUCGGGUUCGGGCUGUCCUACACGGCGCUGAAUACGUGCAGGCGCCUUGCGCGCGACGAGUAUGCCGACGUGACGGACGUGACGCCGUGGGUCAGCGCGUACAUCAACGCGGCCAACACGCGGCAUAACGGCGCCAUCUCUGGGUUUAUUGGCGAGCGGCUAACGCCGGAACAACAGGAGACGCUCCGGCAGUAUUUGAUGUAGGGGGGGGAAGUGAGUAUAGGUAAUGAACGGGGGAGCGCAACUUCUGCCGAGGAAGAACUUGCCGACGGACGCCAGAGGGACUGCUGAGUAGAGACGGACCGCUACAGUUGACGUCGCAGUUCCUAUAAAGUGGGUAGUUCCGAAAAAGCGGCGAUCAAUAGAAACGCAUGCUAGUGGCAAUGGCAUCGACUUUGAUUCGCCUACAUAAGGGUAUGAAGGGUAUUGGUAUGAUGUUGGGUCUCGUUGAAUAUUCAAUGGCUUUUCUAUUCAAACCCCAAUGCGGUAUCCGGGCAAGCCAGUCAGCCAGUCAUAUAUCGCCCGGUCUCGCAUGGGCCUGACUCCAGACGGAUCCCUAGUCUUGGACACGACGCGGGCGUUGUGUUUUUAUUUAUUUAUUCACUGUUGUCUCCUUUGAGGAAACUCUUCGGCCC